CUGUUUUGCAGUUUCUUAUAUCUGAAAUACUUCAACCAGUGGAAAUGUUUUUUUUUUCCAAAUUUCUGUUUGAAUGGCUACCAAACCUUGCUGUUUUGCAUUGCGUUUGUACUGAAAAUAAAGAGACAAAUUGUUUUCACAAAAGCAAAUUCCUGCUUUGCCUCUACAGACUACCGCACUGGGCCAUGCUUCGCCUCUGUGAAUAACCAGAUGUGUCAAGGCCAGCUCACAGGCAUUGUGUGCACAAAAACUUUGUGCUGCGCCACAGUGGGACGGGCGUGGGGUCACCCCUGUGAGAUGUGCCCAGCCCAGCCUCACCCCUGCCGAAGAGGGUUCAUACCAAACCACCGCACUGGGGCGUGCCAAGAUGUGGAUGAGUGCCAGGCCAUCCCUGGCAUCUGUCAAGGAGGAAACUGUAUCAACACAGUGGGAUCCUUUGAAUGUAAAUGCCCCGCUGGGCACAAGUUCAAUGAGGUCUCACAGAAAUGUGAAGAUCUGGAUGAGUGUUCAAACAUUCAAGGUCUCUGUGGUGUAGGUGAAUGCUCUAAUACUGUUGGCAGCUACUUCUGCAAGUGUCCCCAGGGAUAUUACACCUCUGUGGACGGAUCCAGGUGUAUAGAUGCUCGUGGUGGGUACUGCUACGCUAGCUUGCUGAAUGGGCGGUGUGCCAACCAAAACUCACAGCUGUUGACCAAAAUACAGUGCUGCUGUGAUAGUGGACGCUGCUGGUCUGAUGGAUCCACUCCUGAAAUGUGCCCCAUUCGUGGAACAGAGGAGUAUCAGAAACUGUGCAUCCAGAUACCUGAUGGGAACGGUGGAGUGUUGAUACCUGGUCAUGUCCCAGGGAGCCCUGACCUUCCCAGCAUCUACCCAGUUCCAUAUCCUGGUCAAACUCCAGGGCAAGUUCCUGGCCAGGUACCUGGAGUGAUUCCUGGUCAAAUUCCCAUCCAGGUUCCAGGCCACGUCCCUGGCCAAGUACCGGGUCAGAUUCCAGGACAAACUCCAGUACAAAUCCCAGGACAAAUCCCAGUUCCAUUUCCCGGACAAUUUCCGCAUCUGCCUUUACACCCUCCGCCAGGUCCCCCUAUUGUCCAAGGCCAGAAUAUAACCAACAUGUGCCAGGCCUACCGUAACCUCUGCCUGAAUGGCAGGUGUAUCCCCGUGCCUGUCAUUGGAUAUCGCUGUGAGUGCAACAUGGGCUUUCGUUUGGAUGGAAGAGGAGAGUGCAUCGAUGCUGAUGAAUGUGAGAGAAACCCGUGUGCACAUGGAGAAUGUGUGAACACCGAAGGGUCUUACAUCUGUCAGUGUCCUGCUGGAUUCCAGACUACUGCAACCAGGACAGAGUGCCGAGAUCUGGAUGAGUGUGUGGCCAAUGGUCGUAUCUGCAACAAUGGCCGCUGUGUGAACACUGAGGGCAGCUUCCACUGUGUCUGCAAUGCUGGGUUUGAGAUUUCAGCAGAUGGCAAAAACUGUCAAGACCAGGAUGAGUGUCUUAUCAGGAACAUGUGCCUCAAUGGACUUUGUAUCAAUGAAGAUGGCAGCUUCAAAUGCAUCUGUAAACCUGGAUUCCUGCUGGACACCAGUGGACGCAUGUGUGUAGACAUUGAUGAGUGUGAGACUCCAGGCAUGUGUAUGAACGGCCACUGCGUCAACACGGAGGGAUCUUUCCGCUGUGAGUGUAUGGCUGGGAUGGCAGUGGGCCUGGAUGGACGAGUCUGUGUUGACACACAUAUGCGCAGUUCGUGUUAUGGUGGCUACAAGCGAGGGCAGUGUGUUAGGCCUUUAUUUGGAGCUGUGACCAAGUCAGAGUGCUGCUGUGCCAGCACAGAAUACGCCUACGGAGAGCCCUGCCACCCCUGCCCACCACAGAGCUCUGCUGAGUUCCUGGCUCUGUGUCCCAAUGGCAUUGGCAUAACUGGCGAUGGAAGAGAUAUUAACGAGUGUGCCCUCGACCCUGACAUCUGCCAGAAUGGGGUGUGUGAGAAUAUGUUGAGGACAUACAAAUGCACCUGCAAUGAAGGUUUUGAGGUAGACCUGACGGGCAAAAACUGUGUUGAUAUUGAUGAAUGUCUAAUGAACAGGCUGCUGUGCGAAAACGGUCUGUGUAGAAACACACCAGGCAGUUUCACCUGUCAGUGUCCCAAAGGAUAUCUCUUUGAUCCUGAGACAGACGUCUGCGAGGAUGUGGAUGAGUGUCAGUCUAGCCCCUGUGUUAAUGGAGAUUGUAGGAACAGCCCAGGGUCCUUUGUGUGUUUGUGUUCAGUGGGCAGUUCGCUGGACAGCUCUGGGCUGGAGUGUAUAGAGACUACUAAAAGCACCUGCUGGCUGAAGAUAGUCAAUAAUCGCUGUGAGGUCAACAUCAACGGGGCUACACUGAAGUCCCAUUGCUGCGCCACACUGGGAGAAGCCUGGAACAGCCCGUGUGCUAAAUGUGAAAAAGAUCCAAUCUGUGGUAAAGGCUUCUCUAGAAUCAGAGGAAAUGUUUGUGAAGAUGUGGAUGAGUGUCAAGUGUUUCCCGGAGUGUGUAUCAAUGGCAAGUGCAUCAACACACCAGGCUCCUUUUUCUGCCAGUGCCCUCCAGGAAUGACUGUUGAUGUCAGCGGCAGGACGUGCAUUGACCUGCGUACGGAGCAGUGUUACCUCACCCAUGAGGAUGAGCGCUGUGGGGCUCCUAUCUCAGGGAAGCAUCGUGUGGAUGCCUGCUGCUGUUCAGUAGGUGUAGCCUGGGGCCCUGAAUGUGACGAAUGUCCGGAGAAGGGCACACCAGAAUAUACUCAGCUCUGUCCCCGUGGCCCAGGCUUCUCACACAGGGGUGACUUCAUCAACGGCAGGCCCUUCCUCAAAGAUAUAAAUGAAUGCAGGAUGAUAAACACUCUGUGCUCAAAUGGAAGGUGCAGAAACACCAUCGGUAGCUUCCGUUGUCGCUGUGAUAAUGGCUAUGCUCUGGACUCUGAUGAGAGGAAUUGCACGGACAUCGACGAGUGCCGCAUCUCUCCGGACCUGUGCGGACAGGGCAAGUGUAUCAACACACCAGGAGACUUUGAAUGCGAGUGCUUUGAAGGUUAUGAGAGUGGCUUCAUGAUGAUGAAAAACUGCAUGGAUAUUGAUGAGUGUGAGAGGAACCCUCUGUUGUGCCGUGGAGGUGAUUGUGUAAACACGGAGGGCAGCUUCCAGUGUGUGUGCCCCGACGGACACGAGAUCGCACCCGAUGGCUCGGCCUGUCUAGGUGAGUGAUCAUCAGAGAGGCAA